CCACACCAGCCCUCGCAAUGUGACGAUAAAUAAAGAAAUAAAUAAUUAGCAAAUUUCCAAAUAAUCCAAAUUCCAAGUUCCUUGUACAACGGCUUGCAGCACCUGUCCAUCGGACAAAAAUCGACAGGACAGUGUGUGCGUGGUGUGUUAUUGUGUAUGUCAAGCAAAUUCAUAUUUUGGCCCCCUCAAAAUCGAGUGAAAGUUUUUUCAUCUUUGUUUUGUAAUUAACGAUUGCCACGGAUCAAGGUGAAGGGAAACGGGAGGGGGAACGGGAGCGCGUACCAAGCACACAAUUGUCCGGAGCAACUGCUGCGUCGCUGUGGCUGUGGCUGUUUUCGCGCACAAAACAAUGUGCGAUACCAAAGACGAGGCACAAAAAUGGAAAUGUGAAAUCUGCACCUACGAGAAUUAUCCAUCCUCACUAAAAUGCACAAUGUGCCAGGCAUCGAAGGCGCUCCUGAGCGAGGAUAUCUUUCGGCUGAGUCCAGCGCAGGAGACCAGCUCUAUUCCAGAGGAGUCAGCUUCUGGGCUGGCUGCCGUCGAGCCAACACCCACACCGACGUCCACCUGCUACACGCUUCAGUCGCAGCCCCCCCAGGUACGUCAGAGCAAUGUGGCCGACAGCGAAAAGUGGGAAUGCAAGGUGUGCACCUAUCUCAAUUGGCCGCGUAGUGUGCGCUGUGUCCAGUGCUGCACCAAGCGCGGCGGCGAAGCCAUUGAAUGCUGCAAUGAUAAUGACAAUGAGGCGGAUGCCGAUGGCAUGGAUCGAGCUGGAGAAGCAUUGCAUGCACUGCGCAUCAGCGGCUCGGAUACGGAACUCGUCUCCACCAUAGACACGGCUGCUAGAACACAACAAAAGCAGCAGCAGCAGUUAAGAGGAGCCACUGCCUCGAAUCGACUCAGUCUCAGUCCCAGUCCAACCAUUGACGAUGCCACGUAUCUGAACAAUCUCGCCAAUGCAUCACACAACCAGUCGCCGAAUAAAAGGCCUGCCAAUCAACAACAACAACAACCACAGCAGCAGCAGCAGCAACAUCGGGACUCCUCUGUUGCAGUACCGCUGCAGCCGAAGCAUUGCUAUGUGGCCAAAUGGGCGUGUAAUUCGUGCACUUAUGAAAACUGGCCCAGGAGCAUCAAAUGUUCCAUGUGCGGCAAGACACGCGAGCGUGAGAUCAGCGGAUCACAAAACGACUUGCAUGCCUCCUCCAGCCAGACCAACCAGGGGGAACAUCAGCAACAGUUGCAGCAGAACGUGGACACCGUCAGCGUCAAUAACUCAUUCAAUAAAAAGCACAUCUACCAACUGGGUUCCUCGGAAACCAUCAACAACUGUGAUACGGUACAAGAGCGACAGGAACGGCGUCAGCGGCAGAUCAGGCGACAAGUGGACUGGCAAUGGCUGAAUGCCUGCUUGGGCGUCGUCGAGAAUAACUACAGCGCUGUGGAAGCGUAUCUAUCGUGUGGCGGCAAUCCGGCCCGCUCACUGACCAGCAACGAGAUUGCCGCAUUGAAUCGCAACUCGGCCUUUGACGUGGGUCACACGCUCAUCCAUCUGGCCAUUCGUUUCCAUCGCGAGGAAAUGCUACCGAUGCUGCUGGCUCAGAUCUCUGGUUCGGGGCCGGGCAUAAAGCGUGUGCCCUCCUAUGUGGCGCCGGAUCUGGCUGCGGAUAUUCGACGUCACUUUGCCAAUACGCUUCGAUUGCGCAAGUCUGGCCUGCCCUGCCACUAUGUGCAAAAACAUGCCACCUUUGCCCUACCCGCCGAGAUUGAGGAACUGCCCAUUCCCAUACAGGAGCAGCUGUACGAUGAGCUGCUGGAUAGAGAUGCCCAGAAGCAGCUGGAGACGCCGCCGCCGGCACUCAACUGGUCGCUGGAGAUAACGGCACGUCUCAGCUCUCGAAUGUUUGUUUUGUGGAACCGCAGUGCCGGCGAUUGUCUCUUGGACUCGGCAAUGCAGGCCACAUGGGGAGUCUUCGAUCGUGACAAUAUCCUCAGACGUACCCUGGCCGACACACUGCAUCAGUGUGGACAUGUGUUCUUUACGCGCUGGAAGGAGUACGAAAUGUUGCAGGCAUCCAUGCUGCACUUUACUCUGGAGGAAUCACAGUGGGAGGAUGAUUGGAGCACACUGCUAUCGCUGGCCAGCCAACCAGGCUCAUCUCUCGAGCAGUUGCACAUUUUUGCGCUGGCGCACAUCCUUAGACGUCCAAUUAUUGUUUAUGGCGUUAAGUACGUAAAGAGCUUUCGCGGCGAAGACAUUGGAUAUGCGCGUUUCGAAGGUGUCUAUUUGCCUUUGUUCUGGGAUCAAAACUUUUGCACCAAAUCACCCAUUGCCCUGGGCUAUACCCGGGGUCAUUUUAGCGCUUUGGUGCCCAUGGAACCAUUCACUCGCAUCGAUGGUCGACGGGACGAUGUCGAGGAUGUCACCUACCUGCCACUGAUGGACUGCGAGCUCAAGCUCUUGCCCAUUCAUUUUCUCACACAGUCAGAGGUGGGCAAUGAGGAGUCGAUGAUGCGGCAAUGGCUGGAUGUUUGCGUAACUGAUGGCGGUCUGCUUGUGGCGCAACAGAAACUGGGCAAACGUCCCCUCCUGGUGGCACAAAUGCUGGAGGAGUGGCUGAAUCAUUACAGACGUAUUGCACAAGUGAUAACUGCGCCGUUUGUUCGUCGACCCCAAAUUACACAUUACUCGAGCGAGGGAGACUCGGAUGAAGAAUAGAUAUUGCACACCGCAUAUAUAGAUAUAUAUAUAUAUAUAAUUACGUCUCUUACUGUUACUUUUACCAUGUCGGUAUCGUAUCAGAGAUGAUAAUAUGGAGUGCAGAUCCUACACCCACUUGCAGUUGGAGUUAGCUAAUGGAAACUAUAGAAAAUACGUACACGCAUACGCAUACAGUUGAAAUUUGUAGUUGUAACUAAUUUGAAAGAAACAAAAAACUAAACGGAUAAGACACAUUCAUUGUCGGUAGAGGUAUAUCAUAUCCGUUCCCAAUUCAACAAAACGUUGAUUUUAGUCAAAUUUAUUCACAUUCAUUGGGUCGACGCGACGAUAAGACCAUCAAAUAGUAAACAAAAUUCAAGCUAUACACACACACACUGGUAGAUCAAAUUACACACAAUUAUACAAUAUCUGAAAUGAAACAAUCCAUUGGGUGCAAUCUAGUGCAGGGCCGACCGGGAGUAAACUGAAAGUAAAGAAGAUGUAUGCAAAUGUUUGCAGUAAAUAACAUACACAUAUAUACGCGUAUGUGUGUGUAUAUUGUAACUUAUUCGAAAUCUCGAUGUACUAUUAAAUUUUAACAAUGCGGGGUGAA